CGUGAAUGUGGGCGGAUCUACAACAUUCUCCUUCCUGCACUACAGCAUAAAUACUCUCUCUCUCUGUGUGUAUGCGUGUCUUUCUGCAAAUCUGAAGCUCACAGCGAGCACCAGGACAAAAAAACAUGAGUCAAACACCACCUAUGAGUAAAAUGAAGUCCAGGAUGGAGGAAGCGGCGAAGAUGAAGGAUGAAGACAAGCUUUAUAAGCGAGAGGGAAUCCUGUACUCCACCAUUCUCAGCCCACCGGAGACCCUGGACAAGUUAAAAGACCUGGAGGCCAGAGAGGACGACCUCAUCUUGGUGGCGUACCCUAAAUGUGGGUUUAACUGGAUGGUUGCAGUCUUGCGUAAAGUCAUGAAUGCUUCCACUGGGAAAAAUGAGAAACCACCUGAGAGGCCUCCUCUGGUUGAGUUUUUACCUCCAGAUGUUCAAGAGGAAAUAGCUGCAAUGCCCCCGCGGAGGCUUCUGGGAACUCAUCUACACCCUGACAAAAUGCCUGCCUCUUUCUUUACUAAGAAACCAAAGAUUCUGGUGGUGUUCAGAAAUCCAAAAGACACCCUUGUCUCAUUCUUCCAUUUCAUGAACAAAAACCCGGUUCUGCCCAGCGCCGAGUCGUGGGACAAGUUCUUCUCUGACUUCAUGGCUGGUGAAGUUGCCUGGGGCUCUUAUUUUGAUCACGCUCUCGCCUGGGAGAAACGUCACGAUGAUCCAAACGUGAUGAUCGUGACAUACGAGGAACUGAAACAGAACUUAGCAGAAGGUGUGAAGAAAGUCUCGGAGUUCUUCAACCUUCCACUGACAGAUGAGCAGGUCAGCAGCAUCGCUGGAGAAAGUACGUUCAGCGCUAUGGUGGAAAACUCCCAGAAAUCUCACGGCAAUUUUGGCAGCAUCUUCUUCAGGAAAGGUGAGGUGGGCGACUGGAAGAAUCAUUUUUCCGAUGUCCAGAGUAAACAGAUGGAUGAGCUCUUCCAAGCCAAACUAGCUGGAACAAAAAUUGGAGCCAGACUGAAGUAUGACCUUUACUGCCAGUAAAUGUGAAGACACGACGAGGACCGACGGAUGAAGACAGUUUAUUUCACAGGGAUUCAGAAGAGCAGCUGUUUAAUGGUUUUCAUGUUUUGAUACAUUCCAUUGUUUACAAUAAGCAAAAAAGCAUCGCUCUGUCAUUAAUAAAUGUUAGUAAAUACA